CUAACUCAGAACUUCUACAGGUACCAAUCUCAUUAAUACACCGCUUCCGUCUUAACUGACUUACAUAUACCGCCUCAGCCUCGGCUCCGGCAAGUUACUAACCUACUCAAAUCUAAAUAGCUCUACACUUUCUUUGGACAUGCAUACCUACCUCUCCACCUCUCCACCUCUCCCCAUCCCCAAGACAUUCUCCACAUUCCCCAAACUCUUCCGUCAUUAACGCUACUUACCCCCUGUUGCUCCCUCUCUCGUCCAUGUAAGUUGCCAUUCGGGUGUGGUAAUGCCUGCAUUACCGGCUGAUAUUCAGGAAAAGGACCGAUUAAUUUCCUUUGUCUAGAUAACCCCUCACGGAAAGAUCAGAGUUAAAAAUGAAUGUUUCGUCUAUAUGGUAUGCCAGUCCUUUGGAUCUGGAUGACUAUGCAUUCUCGAUAACUUGGAUCGUAUUGUCAAGUGUGCACACCAUGUUGUCAACUUCUCUGUAUGCACUGGUCGGCCUAGCCACUUGGGGUAGCGGCAUUGGUACUGUUGCCCAGUCCAUCAUUACGGAUGACACCGUCUUCUAUGGACAAUCACCUCCAGUAUACCCGUCACCCAAUGCAACCGGGCAUGGAGAUUGGGCAGAGUCUUAUGCUAAAGCACGAGCUCUUGUGGCCCAGUUAACCCUGGAAGAAAAGGUCAACCUUACCGGCGGCGUUGAAGUAAACAGCUCUUGUUCUGGUAUUAUCCUUCCUAUAGAGAGAGUCAACUUUACCGGUCUCUGUCUUAGCGAUGCUGGUAAUGGAGUGCGCACUACCAACUUCGCAACAAGUUGGGCUUCGGGCCUUUCGGUUGGUGCAAGCUGGAACCGCGAAUUGACUCAUAAGAGAGCUGUUGGCAUGGCCGGCGAAUUCCGAGCGAAAGGGGUCCAUAUUGCUUUAGGGCCUGUCGUCGGUCCCUUAGGCCGUAUCGCAUCAAGCGGAAGGAAUUGGGAAGGCUUCGCAAAUGACCCUUAUCUAAGUGGCGUUCUAGCUGCCGACACUAUAAAGGGGAUACAGUCAGUGGGAGUCGCAACAAGCACAAAGCACUUCAUCGCCAAUGAGCAGGAGACUAAUAGAAACCCUGAGGGCAAUGUUACGGCUGUUUCGUCGAACAUCGACGACAAGACUAUGCAUGAAUUAUAUCUCUGGCCUUUCCAAGAUGCUGUGAAAGCAGGCACUGUAAAUAUAAUGUGUUCAUAUAACCGGAUCAACAACAGUUAUGGGUGCGGCAACAGUAAGACGCAAAACGGACUACUGAAGACUGAGCUGGGAUUCCAGGGCUUCAUCGUCUCGGACUGGUUUGCUCAGCAUUCGGGUGUUUCUACAGCGCUUGCAGGUCUAGACAUGGUUAUGCCGUACGGCUCGGCAUAUUGGUCCACCAAUCUAACACAAGCUGUGAAAAAUGGGACUGUCCCGGAAUCUAGAAUAGACGACAUGGCGACAAGAAUUUUAGCUACGUGGUAUAAGUUGGGCCAGGACAAAGGCUUUCCGGCUUUAGGUCGAGGAAUGCCAUACGACCUCACCAAGCCUCACCAACGAGUCAUCGCAAAAUCAGCUAAAAAUAAGGAUGUCAUAUUACAGGGAGCCGUUGAAGGUCAUGUCUUAUUGAAAAAUACUAAUAAUGCGCUACCCCUCAAGUCGCCCAAGUUAAUAUCCUUAUUCGGAUACUCUGCGAAAUCAUUCGACACAUAUACACCUGUGACUGGUGUCGGCUGGAACUUAGGUGGAUGGAACCUAGGUGGACAGUCAUUAGCACCAGCUGACUCAAUCACAAAUGGAGACGAUGUAAUUCAUAGUCAAAUUGCUGCCAACGGCACGCUGAUCAGUGGCGGCGGAUCUGGCGCAAACAUGCCGGCGUACGUCAGUUCUCCCGCGGCGGCAUUGAGCCAACGUGCUUAUGAGGACGAUACAAGCCUAUGGUGGGACUUCCAUAGUGGGAACCCUGAAGUCGACCAGUCUUCCGAUGCUUGCAUUGUUGUUGGAAAUGCUUAUGCGUCGGAAGGUUACGAUAGGCCUGGGCUGCAUGACGAUUAUACGGACGCUCUCAUCACCAAUGUCGCGUCUCAAUGCAACAAUACCAUUGUGGUGUUCCACAACGCGGGUGUUCGCCUUGUCGACCAGUUCAUCGAUAACCCUAAUGUAACAGCCCUCAUCUUCGCGCAUCUUCCUGGCCAGGACUCUGGUAGAGCUUUGACUUCUAUCCUCUACGGCGAUGUCAAUCCUUCAGGCAAGUUGCCGUAUUCAGUGCCGCGCAACGAGUCAGACUACGGUCCAAUUCAAAAUGCAACUGCUCCCGACGGUAUAUAUGAAUUAUUCCCACAGUCGGACUUCACAGAGGGCAUCUAUAUCGACUACAGAGCAUUUGAUGCCAAUAAUAUAACGCCUCGCUACGAGUUUGGCUUUGGUCUAAGUUAUACCACCUUUAACUUUUCAGAUCUCCAAAUUUCCACAGUCAAAGGCGCCGAUACUUCAUCCUAUCCGUCGAAGCCAAUCGUUGAAGGUGGUCAUGAAGACCUCUGGGACAUCGUGGCGAAGGUCUCCGCGAUAGUGACUAACUCAGGUUCCGUGACGGGUGCCGAGGUCGCGCAGCUCUACGUCGGUAUUCCCAACGGCCCCGUGAAGCAGCUACGCGGGUUCUCAAAGUCGGUACUCGAACCUGGAGAAUCAGUGAACGUCGAUUUUGAGUUGACGAGAAGAGAUCUGAGCACGUGGGAUGUAGUCGCACAGCAAUGGCUCUUACAGAAAGGCGACUACGGGAUCUUUGUCGGAUCUAGUAGCCGAGCGUUGCCUUUGACUGGGACGUUUUCGAUAUAACACUUUAUAUGUCGGUAAGUCUGUUUAGGAAAGGACAUAUAAACGAAGUCAAGUUAAACCACUAUCUAUUUAAAUGUUAAUUAGGAGGUAUCUUUGGCAAAUACGCAGCUAGGUCUUCUAGCUAGGCAGUCAAACCAAUAAUCAAUUUAACUUAAUUUUUACUUUA